CGGGAGAGAGAUAUGGUAAAGUGAAAGCGAGAGAAUGAAAGAGGGAAGAAGAUGCAGCAGUUGUGUGAACGGAAGUGAAGAAUCGAGUAAAUCUGCGAGUAAUUUUGGUGGACGACAUUUCUGUGACGUUGAAACGACGGUGAGCGGGGCUCAGCACUGGAUCUCAUAGCUGAAGGGAUGCUGGGUCAUCGCCCCAUCAAACUAUUACCAUUAUUAUGCCAUACACUCAACCAGUUCAGUCUCUGCUCAAACCUUGCUAUCCUACAUUACUGCUGACUGAUAUAAUAAUAAUAAUAAUAUUGUUUCAGAGAUUUGCCAAUGGCACUCAAGUUAUGGCGAUAUUACCUACGAACACCAGCACGACGUUCCAUUGUAUUCCUGGCAUUACUUAUCAUGGUUCUUGCGAUGACCGUUUUUAAUAUUUCCUAUGUAAGUUUCAACAAACCACAAAAGGACAGCGACCUGCUUCAGAAUGACAUUAUUAAGCUGAGUGAGAAAUAUGUCCGUGCAUUAGCUCAGGAGAGUAAUGGAGUUGUUGAUGGUCCUUAUGCUGGUAGAUUUACUGCUUAUGAUCUGAAGAAAACAAUUGCUGUACUGCUGGAAAACAUGCUGAAUCGCCUUGAUAAAAUGGAAACUUUACUUAACUACCUCAUGCCAAACCAGUCCCUUGCCUACAGAAACAACUUAUCAUUUAAUCUCAUAUCCCAGAAUUCCUAUUUGAAUGCUAAAGAUAUUCUUGCAGGAAAAGUUGAAAGCUGUACUUUGUCGCCAAGUGAUAAAAUUUCCCAUCCAUUUUGCACUGGAAAACUUGAGUGGAUGCGACGUAUGUGGAAAACCCAUCCAUGUUAUAAACUUUAUGGUGUUGACGGUACAGAAUGUUCUUUCCUGAUGUAUCUCAGUGAGGUUGAAAUGUGGUGUCCCAGUAAGAGCUGGAGAGGAAACUUAACUGAGAAUCAUCGUCGCAAAAUAUCUACAGUUUAUGCCAAUGUUACAACUAAUAUUGAACAGUUAAUGAGUCUGUUGGUUGAUCCAAAUGAAAGGCAGGGAUAUGCUUUUAUACGUAUGAGGAUCCAGCGAAUGUGGCAGAAAUGGAUAGAAGCCAUCAAAUCCCUUCUCAAGAAACAAAACUUGAAUAAAAGACCUAAAAAACGUGUUUUAAUCCAUUUGGGUCUUCUUACUAAACAAACGGGCUGGAAGUUUGCCGAAAUGCAGUUUAAAGGUGGUCCACUCGGAGAACUUGUUCAAUGGAGUGACCUGAUAUCGAGUUUAUAUUUACUGGGACACAACAUCACAAUUACAAGUGAAAUGGAACAAUUAACUGGGAUCUUAUCCAAACUUCCAUCGGUGUUGUCUCCAUGUCAAGCCCGGAAGGACUUACCUGUUGAUAUGAUCUACACUGACCUUGUUGGUUUACGUCAGUUCAAGAAACAUGUAAAAGGGGGUUAUGGUAAAUUCAGCUGUUUGCUACGUAUUGUGGAUUCAUUUGGGACUGAACCAGCCUACAAUCAUAGAGAUUUUGCUCGCAGAAACAAGUUAUUGACCACAUGGGGUGGACAAGAUCUGCAUUCUCAACAGUUCUUUACAAUGUUUCCUCACACCCCUGAUAACUCAUUUAUGGGGUUUGUAGUUGAACAGCAUUUGAAGGAUCCUGUACUGCCAAGCAUUAAGAAAAAGAAUCAAGCUGUAGUCUAUGGUAAAAAUGAAUUGAUGUGGAAGGAUAAAACCAACUACUUGGCUGUUGUGAAUAAAUAUGUGGACAUUCAUGGCACAGUUUAUGUUGAUGGCAAAACAAACAAAAGCCGUUAUAUUCCUUUGUAUGUUAAAAACCAUGGCUUGCUCAAAGGGGAAGAACUUCAUACAUUACUCCGAGAGUCUAAGUUAUUUAUUGGUCUUGGUUUCCCCUAUGAAGGACCUGCUCCGCUUGAAGCGAUAGCUAAUGGUUGUGUGUUCCUCAAUCCAAAAUUCAACCCACCUCACAGCAGUAAAAAUACACCAUUUUUCAAGGGAAAGCCAACUUCGCGAAAUCUUACCAGCCAACAUCCUUAUGCUGAGCAUUAUAUUGGAAGACCUUAUGUUUAUUCAGUGGACAUCAAUGAUUUAGCAGCUGUGGAGAGUGUACUUUCUGAAAUCGGGUCAUUAAAUAAGUUUGAACCCUACAUGCCAUACGAAUUCACUGAGGAAGGAAUGCUCCAAAGAUUGAAUGCUUAUCUUGAAGGACAGAAUUUCUGCUCAUUUCAAAAGACUGCUCCAAAAUGGCCUCCAUCUGAUGCCGUCGCUAUAUAUCUUGGUGAGGCUGGCAAGCCUUGUAAUGAUGUUUGUUGGCAAAGAAAUCGAAUCUGUGAACCCUCAUAUUUUGAAGACAUCAACAAUUUAGAAUCACUGAAGAAAUACAAAGCUAACUGCACCACAAAAAAAUCCAUAACAGACAUUUAUUACCCAGCGUUUAAUCCUAAAACAUUUGAGUGCAUUUUACAGACAGAUGAACGCUUGUUCAGUUGUGCAGGCGAGAAGUUUCCUUUAAUGCGUUUAUGUCCAUGUCGAGAUUAUAUCAAAGGGCAGAGUGCUCUCUGUAAAAACUGUGAUAGGUGACGAUGCUGUGAAAAUUUAUGCCACAGAAUUAACCAGGUUUUAUUUUCCUAUACCUUUACUUCUCUUUCUAAUGCAUCUAUCAAACUAUCAAAUGUCACCAUUUAUAAAUAGAUGUCUUCUGUGCGUGUGUGUAUGUGUGUGUGUGUGUGCAUCUACAUGUCUGUCUGUAUACGCAUGCAUCAUAUAUAUAUAUAUACAUAAAUACACUGGUGUAUUUUAGUAGCAACUUUUCAUUGCUGCUUGUAUGUGCUUGAAAUAAUGAUCACCGGUCCAGUUGACUAGUUUGAGGUGAAGUUUUUUUCCACAAUUUCUCAUCGUUUCUAUUUUAGUUAAAGAUAGGUGGCUUAUGAAACAAGGUGAGGAGACCGUCUUUUAUGCUUCAAGUAAUGUCUCAUCCUCUGUCUGUUCACUUACAGACUGCAACAAUCUUUGAUCAUAUUAUUUCCAUUCAUAACACAAAAGUAAACCAGAAAUUAUUUGUUGGUAGCAUUAUCAUUUAUCAGAUUAAAAACCACGUCUGCCAAAAAUAAACAACUGAGAUCAUCUUCCAUAAACCGACAAUUUGCUACUAUCAACAAAGUCCACUGCUGGAAAAGAAAGUCAUUGUCACACGUCUGUUAGAUAGAUGCACCUAAUGUAUUCUGUAUACUCUUUACGCUUUUACUUUUUUACUUGUUUCAGUCAUUUGACUGAGGCCAUGCUGGAGCACCGCCUUUAGUCGAGCAACUCGACCCCGGGACUUAUUCUUUGUAAGCCCAGUACUUAUUCUA